AUGGCAUCAAUAGUCUUAAGAAGUCUUUCAAUUUUGCUUGGUGUGUAUUUUCUAUUUGUUGGCACUUUGAAAAUAAGUCCUGUCGUCAGCAAAGAACUGCACAAGGACUUUGUAAGAAACAAAUUAUUUGUAUAUUAUUAAUACUUAAAUUAAGUAUUUAAUCUAUUAUAAUAAGUAAAUAUGAUUUGCUCUUGAUUUAUUUAAAAUAUUAAAAUAUUACAUUAUUUCAAUUUACAUGCAUUUAUCUUUAGUGAUUUUGUUGACUUUUUUAUUCAAUAAGAAUCAAAAUUAAAGUUAAACAUAUUAUUUGCUUAUAAACAACUUCAAUCUAAAUAGGUAACUUAAUUUAUUUCAUAUACUUUCUUAUUCAUUAUUAUCCAGGUAUAAAUAUUGUAAAAAAUUAUUAAGUAAUAAUAUAUAGUUUUGAAUUGAAACUUAAAAAAUUAACUAUAACUUUUUACUCACUAAUAUUUGUAUUUUAGUUGACUUACAUUUCUUCAGGUAUACCUGCACCUUAACAAUAAAAUUAUUAUUUUUACUCAAAACUAUAUGUUUUGUGUAGAUAACAAUUUCUUCUGUGUGUAAAUUAUAUGUUCUAAUUAAAGUUAUGUUAAUUACAUUUUAUUUAUAUUUUGAUUGGCUAAAAGUAUUUAUAAAUAGGUAUGUAUUAACCAUUAGGAAUCUUUAUAAAAUAUAAUUUAAUCAAAAUGAUUUAAAUAACAAAAAUGGAAACUUAUUUUUAUUAAUAUGGAUAUCAUAAUUUCGGAUGAAUCUAUUUGUGGUAAAAUGUGUUUGGCGAAAUGCCCAUAUACAAAUUUGGCACUAGUAUAAAUUUGUUUUAAAGUUCUACUAAAAUAUGUAUUUAUCAAUACCUAGUUUAUCCAAAUGUUAGACAAUUUUUUUUUUAAAGAUAUAAAGGCAUACAUGUAUUACAACUGUGAAAUCAUUAAGAUUUUAACAUUAAACAGAAUAAGUAUGAAAUGGUAUACAUUUAUAUAAAAUGCCUUUUAUUAUUAAGGUUAUCCAUGAGGUGUGGGAACAUGUCCAUGGUCGAGAGGACCAUGGUUGGAAGUUCGGUAAUUUAGGUCAAAUUAAUUUUUUAACAUUAAUAAUAUAUAUGCUUUUGGAUUUUGUCUCCCCCCCUCUCAAGUUUAUCAUUAUUAAUUUGGUUAAAUACUAUCUAAUUAAUAAUAAUAUGGAAAGUGUACCUAAAACAUAGUGGAAUUUGAAAUUACAAAUCAUCAAAUAACAAGAACAUUUUUUUUCUAAACAUGAUAAUCAAAAUUAAAUAACAUUUUUUAUGCAUUAUAAUACUUAUAUAGUUUUUAUUUAAUUAAUGAAAACUUAUAUGUAUAUCACUUUAUAACAUGCACGGAUCCAGGAAGCCUAGGGGUCCAGCCCCCCCCCCCCAGACACAUUAUUUUACUGAUUUUUGUAUGAGAAAAUAAUAUACAUAAUGUAUUAAAUUAUAUUUUAAUUGUAUUUGUGUUGUAAAAAAUUAUUUAUAAUAUAAUAAUUUGCUAAAUAUAUUAAUUAAAAUGAACAAAAAAUGAUACUUUGUAUCUUAACUAAAUACCCACCAUAUUAAUUUAUGGGCUAUGAUUAAAAUAAUAUAUUGUGAUUUGAGAAUAAAUAAAUAUAUAUACAUAUGUACAUUUUGCAGAGAAAGGAUUAUGUGAAGUAUGCCAAAGUAUUCCCAUUAUCAAAUACUGUUGAUUUUAAAGUGCCAGCCAAAUGGUACAGAAGAGCUGUAGGUGGAACUGAAAUAUUAAGUGGUGUUUGUUUGGCAUUUGUUCCAUUCAGUAAGUAUUUGACAAUAAAAUGAACUUGUUUUUUUUUUUUAACCCACUCACACAUUUAUUAGAAAGUUUUAAUUUGUAUUUUGUAUUUGUAAUGUAUUAUUUUUCAUUAAAGGAAAUGUUAAACAAGGGGCAAAUAUAACACUUUUGAUGUCUCAUUUACUGGCUAUUUUUACUCAUUAUGCAGCCAAAGAUAAAUUUGAACGGAUGGCGCCAACAUUAGUAUUUUUAUUCAUGUUAGCUGGACGAGUUGUAAUUGAUUAUCAAUUGAGGCGCAAAGAACUAGCAGAAAUUGCUGAAACUAAAGCUCAAAAACAAGAAUAA